AUUCGGGUAAAUUUGAUAGAUUUGUUCGUAAUUUUAGGUUAUAAAAAGAAACAAACGGUAGAUAGUAGAAAAUUGGUGUAUAAAAAUAUUGUAAACAAAUCUAGUUAACGUCGUUUAAUAAUGAGGCUUUUGAAAAUAAUUGGGCCGCGAUUGAUAUCCAAUCAAAUUAAUCGUCAACACACAGCAUUUAUUCGCCGAUUAAGUACAAUGGUGUCGAGUGAGUGGCAAAAACCAGAUCCAAAUGAUGGUUUCGAUACGGAUAUCACAAUUUACAAUUGUGUACAUCGCGGUGAUGUGCCGUUUAUCGUUCGCAAUGUAAAUUGUGUAACUUGGUACACAUGUGGACCGACCGUUUACGAUGAUGCACACAUUGGCCAUGCCGUUUGCUACAUGAAAUGCGACAUCAUUCAACGCAUUUUACGUAAUCAUUUCCACUUGAAUUUGGUAACAGCGAUGAAUAUCACUGACAUCGAUGAUAAAAUUAUUGCGCGCAGUCCGAUUGUAAAAUUGCCAUUUGAUGCGUUGGCCAAAAAGUACGAACACGAAUUUUGGCAAGAUAUUGAUGCGUUGGGUAUUCAACGAGCUGAUAUUAUUGUUCGUGUAACGGAAUGUAUGCCCCAAAUUAUUGCAUUUAUCGAUAAAUUAUUGGCAGAAAAAGCCGCUUACGUUGCAUCCGAUGGUUCCGUGUAUUUUGCCAAUCCGCGAACCAAUGGUAAAUUACAGAAUUUAGAGAGUUCCAAUGCAACAACGAUGCCGGAUCAGCCAGAGCCAAGCGCAAGUAGUUCAUCAGUACGUAAGUCGGUGCAAGAUUAUGCAUUGUGGAAGGCUGCCAAACCAGGUGAACCACAUUGGAAUGUGCCAUGGAAAUACGACAACGAUCCAAGUGUAUCGACAGCUGGUCGACCUGGUUGGCAUACGGAAUGCUCUGCAAUGGCAUCCGAACUGUUUGGCAACACCAUUGACGUGCACGCCGGUGGUAUUGAUUUGAAAUUUCCGCAUCAUGAAAACGAAGAAUCGCAAUGCUGUUCAUACCACAAACGCAAGCAAUGGGUCAACUAUUGGUUGCACAUUGGCCAUUUGGUUACCACCGAAAAUGUGAAAAUGUCCAAGUCGCUGAAAAAUUUUGUCACCAUCAAAGAAUUUCUGAAGCAUUAUUCACGUGAUCAAUUGCGAAUGGCAUGCCUACUAUCGACAUAUCAUCGGCAUGUUGAGUUCAGUGAUGAAAUACUACUGUAUGCUGGCGACAUUCUCAAACGGUUUGUUUCAUUUUUCGAUGAUACUGAACGAUACCUACGGAACAAUGCACUGCAACGUAAAAUUUCAAAUCGCGCGGAGAUUUUGAGUGUGAUUGAGUCGACGCAAGCAAAAAUUGACCAUUCGCUAAAGAGUGAUUUCGAUACGAAAUCCUGCAUUGCUGCUUUAAUGGAACUAAUCACCGUAAUAAAUAAAGCAAUCAAUCCAAAGCAUCGACAAUCUUGGGAUUCAUCAGAGACUCCGGUGCAGGGCAAUGGCUUGGAUGUGAUAAAAGGUGGACAAAAUAUUGUAAGAGAAUUUUUAACGAUGGUCGGAUGCCAUGAUAUUAUUGCCAAUGCAUUCGAACGGACAGAGUCUGGGAAAAUGGCCGUUAAAAAUACGGGCUCAACUCAAUUUUUAGCUGAACAUCUCAUUAACGAUAUUUUAAAGUACCGAGCGGAUUUAUUGGCUGAUGCCAAAUCGAAUAAAGAUAAGAAAUUGUUUGAAAUAUGUGAUCGAUUGCGGACGAUUUAUCAACAAAAUGGGCUCAUCGUCAAGGAUCACGGCAAAGAUUCCACGUGGCAGUUUGAUAACAUAGCGUCGCGAAAAAAUCGAUCGAAAAAUUCAACGUAAUUUUCUCGCUUCGCCCACACUUCAUCAUAGUACAAAGUGGUGUAACAGCGGGCGUCAAAUGGCUGCUAAAAUGCACACCAGAGAGAUGCAAUUAUAUCAAGUAUAACUGCGUGAAAUUAAACGUGCGCCUCCAUUUUGAGUACAAGUUAUCAUAAUCACACACACACUAACACAUACAACGCAAAUGUACUACGUACAGCUGUGGCAAGAGUGUGGCAGCCUUACACAAAUCUCAAUCAUUGUUUUGUAAAAAGUGAUGAAGAAAAAAAGCAAUAAAAUUGUUGUGGACAAACUCAAA